AUGGAUUGGAAUGCUUUGGAAUCAACUUUUGUAGUGUGUCAAUUUCCAAAUUCCAGUCAACCAAAUCAAAUCCUACUAAAAGACUACAUAAGAGAUAUUUAUGUCCCCGAAUUUUCCACAGAAUGGAAAAGAAAUAUAUUAGACUUGAUAUCUCAUGCAGUCAGACGAAAACAUUCUGCUUUUAUAAACUCGGUACUAGAUGAAGUAAAAGAUAUGUAUAUCAAAAAUAUGAAAGAGUUCGUCUUAAAGUCCAUACUGUCCUGCAAAAUAUAUAGAAGAGAACACGUUGCUUGCGAGGAGUGCGACGUUCCUGCUGGCUUGAAGCGAAACAUUGAGGAAAAUAGAAUGCAUGAUCACACAAUAUUUUUACAACGUCGUAAUUUAUUUGCUAAGAGAUACUUUCUUUCCUAUCCAAUAAUCAGACAUAUUAUAAACACGGCAUAUCGUAUUCUACCCACAGUAAUUUGUGACUUCAAACGUUAUCAUGAAUUUGGAUUAUUAUCACUAUGUUGUUUUCAAGAUAUGAUCCUUAAAGAUAUUAAGAGAGGCUCUUUAGUGAUCACUAAUAAAUUUUAUACCGAGACAUUUAAUGCCGUACAGAAAUCAAAACUAUUAAGAAGCAUCUCUGCGGAACGUCUGUCCCAAUUUAUGCGGUGUCUCACACAUGUAUUUGUUCAGCAGAUUCUCAAUGUAAUGAUGAGAUCGAUUGAUCAUAUAAUAGAUACUAUGAACGACGGCCAUUUCUGUCCUCAAAUCGAAUUUCAGCUGGUAUGCGAAAAUGACCAGCUUAUAACAAAACCAGAUAUACAGAAGGUUUUCUCGACAUAUCACAAUAUUAUCCGAAAUAUUAAAGGUAUUGCGCAAGAUCUGAUGCCAUUGGAAGAAUGGUUAAACGUCAAAGCGAAGGAAAGGUACAUAAAGAUAGCGCUUCCUGACUGGUUUGUCGAGGAGUCUCACCGCAAUUUACAGGAGAUAUUAGACACCCUGUUUAAAUCUAUGAACGAACAUGUAACAUUCAUUUCCGUGGAAUUUAGCGGUAUAUGCACGUCGAGUGUAAAAAAACAAAUAUUAACUUUGACUUCUAAACAACCGAAUUUCGACUCUUACUUCGAGCACAUUUGCAAGUAUAAUGAGUAUCUAAGCAAAACGAACUCUAUGAUCUCCAAUUUGUAUUACAAUGUGGGAAAGUUGGAGCAAAGCAAUGCCAAGAAAUCAUUGAGGCAGAUCUGCUGCAAUGUUAUAAGCGUCCUCAUGACGGAACUCGUGAAGUAUCAUCAAGAUUUCAAUCGUUCGAUUUGCGCAGACUUUGAGAAUCUGAAAUCUAUGGCGUUGGAUAUUCCAAGGGACGCAAGUUCUUUGACACAAUUGAGUGAACGUAUGUCACGAGCUUCGAAAGUACUGAUAAAAGAACAGGAACAAAAGAUACGAGAAUCAAUCUAUAUGUUGAGCAAAUUGUUGGAAAUUACUAUAUUAACUGACGAGCACAUUGAUUUAAAUAAGACCACUAUCAAUUGGCUACACAAUAUUCAACCUGUGUUUGCACAAAACAAUACAUUGUGCGAAGCUAUGAAGAGCGAGCUGGAAGAGGAUCUUCAACGAAGAAUAAAUGCAUUAAAUUUAGAGGUUGACGCGAUGUUCCCGCAGCUUAUCAUCCUAGAUGAUAUGGACGACAUGAGCAAAGUCGGAGAAUACGCGCAGCAUUACAAGGAUUUGACCAAGAAGUACAAACGCAUAGACGAUGAGAUGCAAGUUAUUAAUUCGGAGGAAAGGCUUUUCAAGUUUCCUGAAACGGAGUUUCCGAAAAUAUUCGAAUUAAAAGAAACGAUCGUGCCAUUCCACAAGCUUAUAUGUACUAUUUAUCAAUGGCGAAGGGACAACUCUGUAUGGCUAAAUGGUCCAUUUGAAAGCCUGGAUGCUUCCGUUAUUCAAAAGAAGACUAUGAAUUACUUAGAUGAAAUCACGGAUAUGAACAAGACGAUGAAGUCGCGCAUUAAAAUGGACGCGACAGCGAACAAGUCGUACAAAUUUUCCGGCAUCGCCGAUGAUCCUGAUCCAAUGCAGCAACCUGCACCGUUGAAAUUGUGUUGGCAGACACUUAAUAACAUUAAUGAGUUUAAAGUUUACGUACCGCUCGCAGUUUGUAUGUGCAAUCCAGCUUUGAAUGCACGUCAUUGGAAAGAGAUGUCCGCGAUAUGUAAUUUCGAUCUUACACCAAACGCAGGAACGACUCUAAAGAAAAUGAUCGACAUGAAUCUAAUGGAUAACAUCGAUAGGUACAAGGCCAUAAGUUUGGGUGCCAACAAGGAGCUUCGUCUUCAGCAGGAAUUGGCUGAGAUGAUUAAGGAGUGGGAGCCGAUGUUAUUCGAGAUGUCGACUGAAGAAUCCGAUAUGGUAUCUUUUAAACACGUGAAUGAUAUCGAAACUCUUCUUAGCGACCACCUUAUAAAAAUUGAGGAAAUGAGAGCAUCGCAUUUCGUGAAGCCAAUAUUGUCAAACUUAAUUAACUUUUACACUGUCCUCAUAAGGAUCCAAGAAAUCCUUGAUCAAUGGACGCAAGUACAAUAUCGCAAACUCCAUCUAAAGCCAAUAUUUUCUUAUCCAAAAAUAGAAAUACGUUUAAGCCAAGAAACUUCACUAUAUUUAGAAGCGACAAGCAUUUUAUUAGAUAUUAAUAACAGAUUUAUGAAGAAUCCAAAUUUUCAUGAAAUCAAAAAAUCAUCUGACUUACUUGAAAGCUUAAAUGAAGCUAAUGAGAAAUUGGAGACAGCGAGCAAAAGUAAAAACAGCAUACGCUCGUGA